GGUUUCAAGAGACUUCAAGUUAUCGCAAUAAUGGCCGACGAAGUUGUACUUCCCAUCCCAAAUCUCGACUUACCACAACGCUUUUUUACUCUCAAAACACCGUCCUUAACACACCUACACGAAAAUGCUAAGGAACAAUUAUUGAGCGGACUCAAGAAUGACCAAAUGGCCCCGUAUUAUCGUCUGGUAACCUCAGCGGAUGCCAUACCACUAGACCAAACCCUGCUCGACUCCAUGGAGAAAGCAAACGCCGAGGAACUACAAAAACUAGACGAUCGUUUGGAAGAGGCCAAGAAGACAGAGGGAGAGUCCGAGAUUUCAGAUGCUCUCAAGGCAAGGGCAAACCAUCUCACUCGGAUUGGCGAUAAAGACCGCUCAAUAGAAGCGCAGAAGCUCGCAUUGGAGAAAACUCCAGGGCUUGGAUCGCGAAUAGACAUCGUUUUGACUCUCGUACGAAUAGGAUUCUUCUUUGGUGAUAACAACCUCAUAGCGGAUAACUUGGCAAAAGCUGAAAAGUUAAUUGAUGAGGGCGGUGAUUGGGAUCGCCGAAAUCGUCUCAAGGUGUACAAAGGUGUUCACUUAGUAUCUAUUCGACAAUUGAAACGUGGUGAAGAGCAACUUAUCGACGCUCUCUCUACCUUCACCGCAACUGAGCUCAUUCCUUACAACGACUUCGUUGCCCUCACAGUAAUUGUCAGCGCACUAUCGCUGAAGAGAGUUGACCUAAAGAAGAAGAUCAUUGGGUCUCCAGAAGUCAACUCUGUACUUCCAGAGCUCCCCAUUCUCGGUGAUCUGGUGAAGAACCUAUAUGACUGCCACUAUGCCAAAUUCUUUAUAGCUCUCGCUACGCUCGAACAAACAUACCUCCUUCCCUCACGGCUUCUGUCGCCACACACACGUUACUACGUGCGUGAAAUGCGGAUCCUGGCCUACAGCCAGCUUCUAGAAUCAUAUCGGAGUCUUACUCUCGAGAGUCUCAGUGGCGCGUUUGGUGUGAGUAUCGAAUUCGUGGAUAGUGAAUUAUCACGAUUUAUUGCCAACGGUCGUCUGCACUGUUCGAUCGACAAGGUGCAUGGAAUCGUGGAAACCACACGGCCAUCUGUCAAGAAAACGCAGUACGAAACGGUGGUGAAGCGUGGUGAUAUCCUCCUUAAUGCUGUUCAGCGGUUAAGUAAGGUGUUGUACUAGGAUGUUGUACACUAUUACCUGGUCUGGUGUAAUGCUUCGAAGCGCCACGAUCGGUCAUUGACAGCGUCCAUAUCUGUCUACCAAACAACAUCAUGCGUUCUAUGUGCCCCAUCGGCGCUUUAGCCAUGCUUAUAAUCGAGGUUCAUCCAAUAUUAAUGCAUUAUGAAUAACAUGCUGCGUUAAGGCGUGGUGGCAUUGUAUAAA